GGGGUUGAUCACGCCUGCGCCAAGAGGAACAAGAUGGCGGAGAGUGCGGAACUGAAGCAAAUGGUUAUGAGCCUUCGUGUUUCGGAGCUCCAAGUACUACUGGGAUACGCAGGUCGAAACAAACACGGGCGCAAACACGAACUGUUGACCAAGGCGCUGCACUUACUGAAAGCUGGCUGUAGCCCUGCCGUGCAGAUGAAAAUCAAAGAACUCUACCGGCGGCGCUUCCCCACCAAAAUGGUGUCCCCUGCAGACCUGGCCCUACCCAGCGUUCAUUCUGCCAGCAAUGCCCUGCCUGCAGGUCUUACUCAGCUGGCUUUUGACGGCCAUGGCGCCCCUUCGCCCCUACUGCCCGUCUCCCUGCUAGGACCCAAACAUGAGCUAAGCCUGCCCCACCUGCCCUCGGCACUCAACCCUGUGCACCCUGAUGUGAAGUUGCAGAGGCUGCCUUUCUACGACAUGCUGGAUGAGCUUAUCAAGCCCACCAGCCUGGCCUCAGAUAACAGCCAGCGGUUUCAAGAAACAUGUUUUGCUUUUGCAUUAACACCCCAUCAAGUACAGCAGAUCAGCAGCUCAAUGGACAUCUCUGGGACCAAAUGUGAUUUCACUGUCCAAGUCCAGCUAAGAUUUUGUUUGUCAGAAACGAGCUGUCCUCAGGAAGACCAUUUUCCUCCCAAUCUGUGUGUGAAAGUGAACGGGAAGCCCUGCAGCCUCCCGGGAUAUCUUCCUCCAACCAAAAAUGGUGUAGAGCCAAAGCGACCCAGCCGACCCAUUAAUAUUACCUCACUGGUCAGAUUGUCCACAACAGUACCCAAUACCAUCGUUGUAUCAUGGACUUCUGAAAUUGGAAGGAGCUACUCCAUGGCUGUGUAUUUGGUGAAGCAGCAAUCUUCCACUGUGCUGCUGCAGAGGCUGAGGGCCAAGGGCAUCCGCAACCCAGACCACUCAAGGGCCCUCAUCAAAGAAAAGCUGACAGCAGACCCUGACAGUGAAAUCGCCACCACAAGUCUACGCGUCUCUCUGCUCUGCCCGUUGGGAAAAAUGCGGCUGAUGAUUCCAUGCCGCGCCAUCACCUGCUCCCACCUGCAGUGCUUUGAUGCCACACUCUACAUCCAGAUGAACGAGAAGAAACCCACUUGGGUGUGUCCCGUCUGUGAUAAGAAGGCCCCUUAUGAACACCUCAUUAUUGAUGGGUUAUUCAUGGAGAUCCUGAACAGCUGCGUGGACUGUGAUGAAAUCCAGUUUAAAGAGGAUGGGAGCUGGGCCCCCAUGAGGUCGAAGAAAGAGGUGCAGGAGGUGUCUGCGUCCUACAAUGGCCUGGAAGGGGCUUGUCGGACAGUUGUUCCUGAGCACAGAAACAGCUCCUCCCACAGCAGCAGCAGCAAGAAGGUGGAGGUGAUUGACCUGACGCUGGACAGCUCCUCAGAAGACGACGAAGACGACGAGCCACCGCCAAAGAGGACCUGCCCCUCUAUGUCCCCUGCUUCUCCCCCCAUGAACAAGGGGGUGCUGAAUCUCCACCCCCAGGCAUCACCGGUGGCACGCACACCCAGCAUGCCCCCUGUAGACACCAACUACAUCCCUCCACCACCACCAUUACAUCCCAUCCAGGACUACCGGCACUACUACCACACACCCAAUGACCUGUCAGAUCUAAAUUUCUUCUCCUUCUUACAAGGUGAUAAUCAUCAGCAUUACAACAUGGUGAUGGCGGCCGCAGCAGCUGCCUCUGCUUCUGAAGACCAUGACCUCCUGCUGAACCGCUUCCUGCCCUACGGCUCCUCUCAGAUGUUUCUGGAGCAGCCAGGCACACCAGCGGGCAGCACACUGGCCCCAGCCAACGGUGGAAGCAGCAGUGGCAGCAGCAGCAGCCUGGUGUCCUCCAGCAGCCUCCGCGACAGCCAUGCCCACCCUGUUGCCUCCAGGGCUAGUGCUGAGGCAGCGGCCGCUGCCGCUAUCUACGGCUCCAUCCCGGAUGUCAUCUCGCUGGACUGAACUCAUUAGCCGGCACGUGCACACAAAAUAAACUCAGACUCAGUUGAAACAAAGAAG